AUGGAUAGAUUAACUGAUGAAAGUAAAAACUUCCACCAUGCAGUAUAUACCGUAGUAUCAAAGAUACCUUAUGGUCAUGUCACAAGUUAUGGUCAUAUUGCUUAUUUAUUAAAUAAACCUCAAAAUUCAAGACAAGUGGGUUCAUCAUUAAAACAUUAUCAAUAUUAUAAUCUUGAUACGUUACCGUGGUGGAGAGUUAUAAAUAGUGUGGGGAAAAUAUCACCUCGAGGUAACUCAAAUGGUGAAUAUGUUCAAGCUGAAAGAUUAAGAGAUGAAGGUGUGAUAGUCCUGUCGGGUCAUAAAAUUGACCUAGAAGAUUUCGGUUGGUUUCCUGAUGAACUUGAUUUCUGA